AGAGAAUAGUACUGUUUGGACGAUACCUUUGCACUCAUUGUGUUAUCUUUCUCCUCUCUCUCUCUCUCUCUACCAGCUCACGCACAGACACACACGUCUAUUUAUAGGUGGGAGUAAAUGCAAAUUUGCAGAGCUGGGAACAAAGGAAUGGCCAAUCCGGGUUCCAUUAAAUGUCUGUUUUUCUCUCUCCUGUGCUUGUAUCUAUUUUGCGUUAAAGCAGUGGCAGAGUAUCCUGAAUCCCAGGAAUCUGAUAGAGUAAUAAAUCUACCAGGCCAACCCCCAAGCCCAUCAAUUUCCCACUUCUCAGGUCACGUCAAUGUCAACGGAGACAACGGGAGGGCCCUUUUCUACUGGUUCUUUGAAGCUCAAUCUCACUCCUCCAAGAAGCCUCUGCUUCUCUGGCUUAAUGGAGGACCUGGCUGUUCCUCAAUUGGGUAUGGUGCAGCUGUUGAGUUGGGACCUCUUAGAGUCAACAAAAAUGGAGGUGGCCUUCACUUCAAUAAAUAUGCCUGGAAUAAAGAAGCAAAUUUGCUAUUUGUGGAGUCCCCAGUUGGAGUAGGGUUCUCUUACACCAACACAUCUUCUGAUCUCACCAAAUUGGAUGAUGCUUUCGUGGCUGAGGAUGCCUACAAUUUCUUGGUGAAUUGGCUGCAAAGAUUUCCGCAGUUCAAAACCCAUGAUUUCUUCAUCGCAGGAGAGAGUUAUGCAGGCCACUACGUUCCUCAGCUCGCAGAGCUUGUGUAUGACCGAAACAAGGAUAGAGCCAAAUACCCAACGAUCAAUCUUAAAGGUUUUAUUGUAGGAAAUCCGGAAACUGAUGAUUACUAUGAUUCAAAGGGCUUGCUGGAAUAUGCAUGGAGCCAUGCUGUAAUAUCAGACCAGCUCUAUGACAAGGCUAAGAAAGUGUGUGAUUUUAAGAGGUUCUACUGGUCUAUAGACUGUAACAAUGCCAUGAACCAAGUGUUUGACGAAUAUCAAGAGAUUGACAUAUACAAUAUCUAUGCCCCCAAGUGUCUCGUCAACACCACAUCUUCACUCGCUAAGGUGAAUGAUUAUGGAUUGAGGGGCAUAAGAGUCUUUGGAGGCUAUGACCCAUGUUUUUCUACGUACGCAGAAGACUAUUUCAACAGAAAAGAUGUUCAAUCAUCCCUUCAUGCUGGCAUUAGGGGAAGAAAUUCUAAUGUAACAUGGAAGGUCUGCAAUAAUUCCAUCCUUAGGACAUAUAAUUUCACUGUUUUUUCUAUCCUACCCAUCUACUCCAAACUCAUCAAGGGUGGCCUCAAGAUAUGGGUUUACAGUGGAGACACAGAUGGCAGAGUACCAGUUAUUGGGUCACGCUACUGCAUUGAGGCUCUUGGACUGUCCCUCAAGUCUCCUUGGCGUUCUUGGUACCACCACAGUCAGGUGGGAGGGAGGAUAGUAGAGUACGAAGGGGUGACAUUGGUGACAGUGAAAGGGGCAGGUCACUUGGUACCUCUCAACAAGCCCAGCGAGGCUCUUUCCCUCAUCCACUCUUUCUUGUCCGGUCAACCCCUCCCUACCCAUGGAUGAUAUUUCCACUGCUUCUUCCCAUAAUUUGAUGCCCAAACUGUAAUCGAAUUUACAAUCUGGGACAUUAUUUUUCUACUAAAUUUUCAAGUUAUUUCA